AUGCUCACCAUUACCGCUUCUCUUUCCUCGAAACCCCUCUUUAUCAGUCCGAUGGAAAAACGCGAAGAAGCGGCACAGGCCAGAUCGCGGUUUUCUACCGGCAAUAGCGACUUACUGACCGAUAUGCAUGCGUUUAACGAGUGCAUGAGAUUAGAACGAGAAGGGAAACCCAGGAGUGCUAUCAAACAAUUUUGUGAAGAGAAUUUUAUUUCCCAAACGACACUGGGUGAAAUCUCUAUGCUACGGCGGGAAUUUCUUGGGCCUCUGACGUCUAUCGGCUUCAUUCCUCUUGAUUCUACACCCAGCACCGCUUCUCUUAAUAUCAACAGCGACAACCUCAACCUCAUCAAGUCCAUAGUGGUCGGCGGUCUAUGGCCGAGGAUUGCCCGGGUCCAUCUUCCCAAAUCAGCUAUUAAAUUUGACAAGGUUCAGGCAGGAACUGUUCAGAGAGAAAAUGUAGCGAAGGAGUACAAAAUGUAUGAUUUACGCGAAGGCAGAGUAUUUUUACACCCUGCGAGUAUUCUCUUCGGGAAUGCUAGUUGGAAGUCGCCAUUCCUGGUGUAUUUCCAGAAAUCUUUGACAACCAAACUGUUCCUGAGGGACGCCACAGAGGUACCUCUGUUCGCGAUCCUUCUAUUCGGGGGACCUGUGUCGAUAAAUCACAUUGGUGGAGGGUUGACGGUUCGUUCCAAGGAAAGUAUCAUUAAACUGAAAGCUUGGCCCCGGAUCGGAAUUCUUGUGAAUCAACUCAGGCGACUUUUGGAGGCUCAACUCUCAGAGAGUAUCGAAAGUGGAACGCUUCUCGAUCAGCGAAGCGACAAUGUGGUGCUCAAGGCGAUGUUGAGCCUGAUUACUAACGACGGCCGGACUGCAGAAUAGGACGAUGUACGAUACUAAUAUGAUUGCUCGCAGAAAUGUAGAGACCAUUUGUGCCCAGAUUCGAAUUUUCGCUGGGGGAACAUAUCAACC